UCUAUAUUACGUUCUAUGGAAGGAAGUAUCAUCUCUCUCUGACCGGCGUCUCAUAGGUCCAGUGACCGAGCUGAUUGAGAGAGAGACAGAGAGAGAUGGAGCUAUCGACGAGGAAGAGACGUCCGCUACAGCCCGAUCCUUCGUCGUCAUCGUCGUCGCAAUCAGAGUCGUAUGGGAAGCACGAUAAGCCGGGGAGAUCGGGCGGUGGAAAAGGAGAGGGGGGAGACGAGGGAUUAGGGUGGAUGUUUCCGUUGUUCGUACUAGGAACCCUACGCUACAUGAGCGCCACAUCAAACAUCGUUCACGACUGCGAUGAAGUCUUCAAUUACUGGGAGCCACUCCAUUUCCUUCUCUACAAAUCUGGCUUUCAGACCUGGGAGUACAGUUCCCAGUUUGCACUGCGUUCAUACUUAUACAUUGUUUUCCAUGAAUUAGUUGGUCGACCAGCUUCCUGGUUGUUUGGUGAGGAAAAGGUGAGAGUCUUCUAUGCUGUAAGACUCUUUCUAGGUCUCCUCUCUGUUAUCACAGAAACUGUUCUGGUGGUAGCCCUUUCUAGGAAGUAUGGAAAGCGUCUUGCUUGUUACACACUCGCAAUGCUAUGCUUAACCAGCGGUUGUUUCUUCGCUAGUACAAGUUUCUUGCCAAGUUCAUUCUCUAUGUAUGCCAUCUCUCUUUCAUCAGGAUUGUUUCUUCUUGAGAAGCCUGCAAUGGCAGUUGCAGUUGCAGCUGUUGGUGUAAUCCUUGGCUGGCCAUUCUCAAUCUUGGCUUUUCUGCCAGUCACGUUCUACUCUUUAUAUAGAAGGUUUAAGCGAGCAUUUUUAACUGGGGCUGUCACCUCUCUUUCUCUUCUUGCAGUCUCACUCGUUGUUGACUACUACUACUACAGAAGAUGGACAUCAUCUGUGCUGAAUCUGCUUCUAUAUAAUGUUGUAGGAGGCGGUGAAAGCCACUUGUAUGGGACUGAAGGACCAUUAUACUAUCUUAGGAAUGGAUUUAACAAUUUCAACUUCUGUUUCAUUCUUGCUUUACUUUUCCUGGGAUUUUUUCCGAUAGCUAGGAAAAAGUACGCCCCAGACCUGCUGGUUGUAGUCUCUCCUGUAUAUGUUUGGCUGGUAUUUAUGUCUUUGCAGCCACACAAAGAAGAAAGGUUCCUUUAUCCAAUAUAUCCACUAGUUUGUGUUGCUGCUUCGGCUGUCAUUGAGAGCUUUCCUGAUCUUUUCCAAGAUAAAUAUAAUCCGAAUGAUAAACCCCUGAUGUUUACAAUAGCAAAACUUCUUAGACCUGUGGUUCUUAGCCUCAUAUUGUGUACCUCCCAUGCUCGAACUUUUUCAUUGAUUAAUGGUUAUUCUGCUCCGUUGGAGAUUUACAAGCUUUUAGAGCACCAUGAUGAUGCAGGAACAGGUUCUGUAGUAUGUGUUGGAAGUGAAUGGCACCGUUUUCCAUCAUCAUUUUUUAUUCCUGAUUAUGUUGGAGAAGUCCGUUGGAUUGAUGAUGGAUUCCGAGGUCUUCUCCCAUUCCCUUUCAAUGCUACCCUUGGAGGGACCGCAGCUGCACCACCUUAUUUUAACGAUAAGAACAAGGCAUCAGAUGAGCAAUACCUCCAGGAUCUUGAGGCUUGUACUUUCCUUGUUGAGCUGCAGCUUAAUCGACCCUACCCUACACGUGGAAGUGACUUGUCAGUGUGGGAGGCAGUCGCUGCACUGCCUUACCUGGACCGGGAGCUCUCACCUCCCUUGUAUCGGUCAUUUUUCAUUCCGUACCUGUGGCAGGAGAAGAAUGUGUUUGGUAUGUACAAGCUACUUAGAAGAAUACGAAAAUGAUUUGGGAGCUAUAGUCUAGAAACUGUGGACGACCAUAAGUUUUGAACAGUUUGUUCGUAACUGGACCUGAUUCCCCCCGCUAGUUUAGAAUUAGAUUGUAACUGAUGUGGUAAUUAGAUUGAGCCUUUUCUCACCAGGAGGCUUUACCCUGAUUCUGUAUUGAAAACUGAGUUGAGUUGCACAUUGAUCCA